GCGAACGGUCGCACCCCUGUCCGGUCAUCCGCGGUUUCCAAGUUCCAACGGUACAUAGAUGGCAAAUAUUGUAUGUAAAAAAACAUGUAACAUGUCCGCAAGCCGUAAACGAGUCAUGUCAAGAUAAUGUCAUGAUCAUUCCAUAAGUUGACUGAAAAACCGUGGCUCCCACAGUUUGUUUGUGUGGUACGACCGCGAUGAUAAUCGACCUCACCCAUACGCUGACGACGUCGACGGAGAGCCCGAUGUCGAUAUGGCCGGGGCACCCAAAGCUGGAGAUGACGAAAGUUGCGAGUAUACCGGAACAGAAUGCGAACGUGACGGCUAUUUCGCUGGGGUCUCAUACGGGGACUCAUAUUGAUGCGCCCAACCAUUUCAUUGGGGACGGAUUGACUGUGGACAAGUACGAUUUGACGAAGCUCGUGGGUCGUGCGCUGGUGGUUGAUGUGAGGGGGAAGAAAGCACGUGAGAUGAUCACCUGGGAGGAUAUGCGGAAAUGGGAGGGGGAGAUGCACGAGGGGGUGAUUGUGCUCAUAUGCACUGGGUGGUCGCAGUACUGGGGAAAGGAGAAUUACGAAGAACACCCGUACAUGGAUUUGGAUGCGGCGAAGAAGCUUAUGGAGACGGGAGUGAGAGUAAUCGGAUGCGAUACGCUGAGCCCUGAUGAUGUGUGCUUGCCUGAGUGCAAAGUGCACAAAGUGAUACUAGGAGCGGGAGGAGUGAUUGCAGAGAAUUUGCGGGGUAUAGAGGAGGUACUGGGAUUGAAGGACCCGUUUGUGAGCUUGUUGCCGCUGAAGUUAGAUAAUUGCGAUGGGUCGCCGAUAAGAGCGAUAGCUUGGUCCGCAGGAGGUGAGUCGGAUUAGCUAUUGGAGAAGAUUACACUAAUU